CUGCAUUCGCUCUCAAAGCAAUUCAAGGCACUUUUAGUGACUCUAGUGACAUUUCACUUUACAAAAUAUGAAGUUUUUUGGUGUUCUUUGCAUUUUUGUCAUCGUUGCCCACGCAUCAACGGCAAGUAUUUCACAGAACAAUGAACCAACGUAUGGAUUGAGACGUCUACAUAAACGCGCUGCCGAUCCUGAUGCCGAUGCUGCAGCCUACGCUGACGCCUAUGCUGAAGCAUAUGCUAAUGCUGUAGCAAAUGCUCUCGCCAGAGCUACUGGUCUAUCCAAUGCCGAUGCUAUAGCGAAUGCUGUAGCCGAAGCUGCUGGUCUAUCCAAUUCUAAUCCUGUGCCAAAUGCUGCGGCCAAUGCCGUGGCACUGCCCAGUGCUGAACCUAUUGCACUUCCUGACGACGACGAUGAUGAUGAUGAUGAUGGUGACGAUGUGUUGCGGCCACGUAGAUUUACUUGCGAUGUCCUCUCCGUUGAAACGGCCUGGUUCAGCGUCAAUCAUGCAGCUUGCGCCGUGAGAUGCUUGGCUCAAAGACGAAGGGGUGGUCGUUGUGAAAACGGCGUCUGUAUUUGUCGAUAAAGGCACGUUUCACCGCAAACGGCUGCCUGACUUUGUCACAAUUACUAGUUUCUUGAUUGCAUACUUGAUUGCCUUACUUUCCACAUUAAUAAAAGAAACGACUUAUUGAUAUUGUAAUUCAAUAAAUGAUGCGUAUUUGAA